UGUUGGCGCCCUGGAUACGUCACUAUGGCACUAUUUUAUAAUAAUUCUAUUUUGGUUGUCAGAGCUCUGGUUUUCCUAUCUCUAUUUAAAUAUCCUGGUGCUGAUUGUUCGGAAGGGCUUCGAAAAUCCGAUCCCCACGAUAUAAUGGCAGGAUCUGGAGUUGUCAAGCAGUUGUUCGCUUGCAAUUUCGAGGUGUUUGGUCGAGUGCAAGGUGUAUUUUUUCGCAAGUACACGGAACAAACUGCGAAUAAUUUGGGUGUAAAAGGUUGGUGCAUGAACACCCGAGAUGGAACCGUAAAAGGACAAUUGGAGGCUCCUUUGGCCGAGCUUAAUGAAAUGAAACAUUGGCUCGAAACGAAGGGAAGCCCCAGUUCCAAAAUUUCAAAGGUCGAGUUUACGCCUUCCAAGGAAAUCAAUGCAUAUACCUUCAGUACGUUUGAUAUUAGACGUUAAGAAAUGUUUUUCGAACCAUCUAUUCGAGGUUUUGUUUAUUUAAAAAACCCCUAAAAAAUCCCAAAUAUAUGUAGUCCCAAAACAAAAAUUGAUAGUGA